AUGGGUAGGAAAUGUUGUAUUGCCGGCUGUACAUCGACAUCACGGUUACCGGAACAUCAUGGAGUUACCUAUCAUUCAUUUCCAGCGGAUGAAAACACCCGCUCAAUAUGGAUUAAAAAUACCAAAAUCAGUUCAGAUCGUCAAAUUACCAAAAGCGUCUUGGUAUGUUCAAGACAUUUUCGCCGCGCUGAUUUUCAACCUCAACGUAGUGGUAAAUAUUUGCUAAAGCAAAAGGUAUUUCCCACUGUGUUCCCCUGGGGUAAAGUUGAUACAGCCCAGAUAGAAGAAGAUUUGGAAUUUCUAAAUUCCGCGACACCAAGUGUACCACCAACAGCUGUACUCACCACCGCUGCAGAUACUGUGGAUGAAGAUACCAAAGCCACCGUGGCGGCCACAGUGGCACAAAUAAUGGCUCAAACGGCUGAAUUAAAUGCUGCUGCGGCUGCUUUGAAAAAUGAAAAAUCUGGCGAUAAUUUAGAUGAUUCACUGCAAGAUCCAGCAGCGGCGGGAGCAUCACCCGGAGUAAAAUAUGAACCGGUAAUUGCCUUCAAUCCGGGAGCACGUCUCGAAGCUCAAGAUUUUGAGGGAGUUUGGCAUGCGGCUCGCAUCGUAGAGGUCGACAAUGAUGAUCGUGAGGUUUUGAUUAAAUUCGAAAAGACCGGUAAAGUGAAAUCGGCAAUUGUCGGCACCGAGGAAUGGAUUCCAAUGAACUCGUCACGUUUACGUCAGAAAAUAUCAACAAAACCCAUACCGGUUUUUACACUGGAAGAGAAAUGUUUGGCCAGAUGGUCGGGGCCAAGGAAGUUCCCCGGAACCGUAAAGAAAAUUCUUGGCAAUGAUACAUAUGAGGUGUUAUUCGAUGAUGGUUAUGUGAAAAAUGUUCGUGCUAUUCAUAUGAAUAAAAUUUCAAAUUCAUCGGAUACUCCCCAAGAGCCAGUGGCGGUGGCCACGUCAGAGGUGACAGCUGGAGGGGAAAAUGCGCAACCCUCCCCCUCCACACAGUUGGCAGCUGCUACACCAGCAACAGCACAAACAACCAUAUCGCCUGGUGUAAAACGGCCCGCCAGCGGUCCCUCGGAUGGCUCCAAACCCAAAAAGCGGGCCGCCAGUUCUGGGCGUAAGGAUUGGCCUUUAUUGGAUUUAUCCAAAUUGGAUAUUGCUUCCUUAAAUCUCCCCGAAGUACCUAGAGAUGGUGAAUGGGCCUGCCAUUGGGUCAACGAUCAGCCCAUUGGCCGUGAAGGUUUUCUCAUUGUUGGCGAACAUCGCAAACCCACUGUCAUUGUCGACGAUUGGCGUCUUCCAGCCGGUUGGAUAAAACACAUGUAUCAACGUUCCAAUGUCCUGGGCAAAUGGGAUGUAAUACUUGUCAGUCCCACUGGAAAACGUUUUAGGUCCAAAGCAGAUCUUAAAACAUACUUGGAAGAACAAGGCCAAGUGUAUAAUCCUGAUAUUUAUGACUUCAGCAUACAUCGCCGUCGAGCAAAGGAUAUCAAUUGUUAUGUCUACACACCGGGCUAUGUACCACAACAACCACCCAAACCAAAAUCCGCAUUAAAUUUUGAUGUUCCAGUGGAAAAUAAACCGUUGUCAAUGAUUGAGCCUUUGAGAACCUCUGCUCCAUCGCCAUAUAUGGAAACACCAGUUGCCGAACCAUUGCCACCAAUUGAAUUGUUAACAUCCACAAGUUCAGCGGCAGAGGAUAAAAGUGUAACUCAGGUGGAGGCUGAAGUACCAAAACAACUUUUAGAAUCGGCCGAAAUUAGUUCUACACCAACACCAACUAAUACUCCCACCGUGGAGAUGAAAGAAGAAGGCGGAGUUGCGAAUACGGAAGCAACUGCAGUUGCAGGACAAACAAAUGUAUCGGAAUCAGCUCCCCAGGUGGAGGAUGGUUAUGCUCUUAUUGGCGGCCUAAAGGUACAGAUUGUCGAUAACCUUUUCCGAUGCCCUGAUGAAGGAUGCUCCAAAAAUUUCCGCAAAGAAAAUCAUUUGCAGAUCCAUGUCAAGCAUUACCAUUUGAAUUUGGCCAAAUUACUUGGUUCAUGUCCCAAGAUGCAGGAAUUGGCAGAGAAACGUACCAGGCCCUCUGAUCAUGAUGUGACCGAACCCACACCCAAGAAUCAAAUACCCAAUCAACAAUUCUUUGCAAAAUUACACCAACAAGACUUGGAACAGACACGGGCUCAUCGGCGUAGUAUUGGUGCCGUGAAGCCACAAAAUGUGGAAGGGGGAGAAGGCACGGAGGAGCAAAUUAAAACCGGAGAACAAGGCGAACCGCAGCAGACACAAACGGAGGCGAACACCAGCACUUCGGCGGCAAACAACUCAACUUUGGAUAGUUCAUUUGCCUCCACGGCACCAGAUGAUUCAUUGGGCAACAUUGAAGCACUGCCCGAUGUGCCACCUCUCUCUAAGAAAUCGCGAUUUUCACCAUCGAAACGUACCCCGGGAGCCAGGAAAAGUAAUCGUCAACGUACUACAAGGAAAUAUUUGACUGCAGCUCAGGCCACAGCCAGCCGAUCAAUGCAGCAGAAUGCUGCACACACAACCACCACCAGUGCCCCACCCCCAACAACGGGUGAUUCCAGUUUUAGUGGUGUGGCAGAUUUUGAGGAGACCCGGCAUUCAUUCAAUGCCACUCCUGAAGUUAAUAAGGACAGCAAAAAACGUAAAUCCACAUUGGCUAAUACACCACUCAGCAGUGUAGAAUCUCCAAUAACUGCCGAUUCGGGAUCAAGUUCAUUACAUCCAACGGAUGGUGCAGAAACGGCCAACACCACCCAACAAUACAUCAAGGAGAAUGGUGAAAUUAUAAAAAUCGUAAGCAUGCGUCAAGAGGAAAUUAUCAAUUGUCUGUGUAAAUACGGCCUCGAAGAUGGCCUAAUGAUCCAAUGUGAAUUAUGCCUGUGCUGGCAACAUGGCCAUUGUCAUGGCAUUGAAAAUGAAUCACAAGUACCGGAUAAAUAUGUUUGCUAUAUAUGUCGUCAUCCUGACAAGCAACGCUAUUCAAUGCAAUUUAAACAUGAUCAAGAUUGGCUCUAUGAAGGUAAAUUGCCCGCAGCCAAUUAUCAUACACAAAAUCCAACGUUGAUGAAUAAACGUGCCGAUUAUCUAAAACGUUCUCAUGUGUUGACGGGUAACUUAUUGGAGUUGAAGAAUUUCAUGCAUUCACUGAAGGUGAAAAUAAAUAUUGCCAAUAAUAAAUCACAUCCCAAACUAUAUUUAUGGGCCACCAAAUGGGAUGAAGAUGUGGAAAUAAAAAAUGAAAUUAAAAGUGAAUUAGAUGGAGAAAAUAAAACAGAAACAAUCGAUUCAAAAUUGUGUUUAACACCAACCUCUAAGAAAAUUAAAAUGGAGCCGGUGACACCAGCCAAUCCGCCCAUACCCAAUAUACCACAACCGGAGGCACCCAUUGACCCGGUGGAAUGUCAACAACGUUUGCAGGAACACAUUAAAAUACAACAAAAUUUGGCAAUGCAAAGGCUUAAUGAUAUAGAAUCGGCCAUAGAUGCCCUGGAACAGGAAGAUGACUUACCCGAUUUACGUGAUGCCGAUUUGGGUACCACCAAAGACGUGUUAGCCUCCUUCAUCAAGGAAUUGGACACAGUUAAACAAAUUGCCAAACUAAAUGCAUUGGAACAUACCAAAAUGGCUUAUAAGAAUGCUGUGGCAGCAGUUUAA